CCCCCUCUCCCUCCUCCUCCUCCUCCUCGUCCUGAGCCUCUGGAGCUGCUGCUGCUGCCGCCGCCGCCAUGGGAAUUCAGUGAAGAGCGGCUCCUCGUUCAGUGGACUCUCCUCUGAACAGAAUGCUUGCGGUUCAUCCGGGACAGAGUGCGAGCCGCGGCCACGGGCUACAGGCGGCGGGCAACAGGCUCCAGGUUGAGAUGUCAGACCUGGAACUGUUCAACUUCGACCACUCCGACCUCAGGGACCUGUGUCCGGGCCGUCGCUCUCUGCUCUCCGUGGAGGAGAGUUCAGCACCGUGGACAGAGGCACGGGCGGAGACGGAGACCUCCUUCUCCUGCAGAGAAGACCAGGAUGAUGGCGACGGAGACACUGUCCACGUCCACCUUUUAGACACCAGUCCGGAGACCUUUAGAAGGAGUCAGGGCUACCAAAGCGACGAGGAAGAGGAGGAGGAGGUGAUGAUGAUGGAGCAGCAGGAGGAGGAAGAGGAGGAGGAGAUUCCGGAACUUUUCUGGCUCUCUGACGAAGACCUGUCCUCGGGGAAGACGGCAGAUUACGGCUUCAUCAUCGCCGUCUCCUGCCUGGUCACAGGGAUCUCCUUGGUGGCCAUCUCCUACACGGUUCCUCGGGACGUGCGCGUGGAUCCCGACAGCGUCUCCGCCCGGGAGAUGGAGCGUCUGGAGCGGGAGAAAGCCCGGGUAGGUGCGCACCUGGACCGCUGUGUGAUCGCGGGGCUGUGCCUCCUCACCCUGGGAGGUGUUCUGCUCUCCACGCUCCUCAUGAUCUCCCUGUGGCAGGGGGAGAUGAUGAGGAGGAAAGCCUUCGCCUACUCCAAACAUGCCGCCCGGCUGUACGGCUCCGUCAGCCUGAGGACUGCGGAGGACUCCACCUGUUCACAUCUGUCCCAGGAGGAUCUCGAAGAUCUGGAGGAGGUCAGCUGAGACCACGUGGGACCGAGCAGGGCCGUGACGUCAGCGCCUCACUUUUAUACGACUAUAUGACUUACUUUUAACCAUGUGUUUCUCGGUCUCUUUUAUUUUUCCCCACGAUUUUCCCAGACACUUUGUGUUUCAUCAUAAGGCUCCGGGCCAGUUGUGGCACAUGGAAGGCUUCAGGUGUGGCCGUGAGUAUAAAUAAGUUUUUAAAGACUUUUUAAAAAACUUCCAGUGCAGUUUAAUUAUUAUUAAUUAUUAUUAUAUAUGUCACUACUGUGUCUGCUUAAGCUAACUGUUUAAGCUAGCUGUUUAAGCUAACUGUUACCAUCCUGUUAGCUAAAACCAGCUCUGUUCCCCCCAAAAUAUAUCAACGUCUUUCCAGCUGACUGUGUGUUUUUGACUAUAGUUUCAUGUACCUAUAUAUAUUUUAUAUAUUUUAGCUUUGCUGCUAAAAAAAUACAUGUUAGUUGGGAUACCUUUUACCUUUCAAAGAUAGCUAACAUUUAGCUAUUUUUGUGUGAUUACUGUCCAUCUACUGAAUCUAAAGGGUUUUAUUUUGGGUUUUAGUUAUUAUUAAUUUUAUAUAUAUAUUAUUUGACACUUUUUUACACCAUUAUUGCCUUAGUUAUUUCGUAAUUUUACUUCUAGUUCUUUUUUAAUUAUUUUUUCUGAACAGCAGGGGGCGGUAAGGGGCCUCGGGUGCUGAUGGUGUUUAUGUUUACUGAUUUAUAUUUACGUGGCUGUUGUUGGUUGUUGGUUGUGCAGUAACUGUGUGAAAUGACAGGACAAUAAAUGUUGAUCGUGUUCACACCAGGUUUAAUCUGUUGUAGCCUGUAAAAUCAACAGGGGCGGAGCUUGUAUUCAGGUCUGUGCUGAUUGGUCAGAAGAUGUCCUUGAUUUUUGACUCCACUCCAUGACUCUGUACUUCUACUCCACUGUGCUGUAGUUCGAUUGAACAGUUCCUGGUACUAGUUCCUGCGGUGAAAAUACAAAUGUUGACGGAAAAAAAUGGAGCAGAAUUAAGCAGUAGCUAAAGAUUAACCUUAAACUGCUAAUUGUUAGCCAUAAAUAGUAACUCCUGGAGAAUUACAUUAAAAAAAAAACAACUUUACUCCAGCAGGCGGUUUAAUUAAAGUUGUGUUUUUUUCAUGAAUCUCAUUUCAAAGAAAUUGAAGUUUGUUGUUGCAGAUGUGACAGAACAUAAAGACAGAGACAGACGUCCGUCUCCGUCUCCGUCUCCGUCUUCAACGACAGCCUGGAGGAAAAACAUCUGUCAACAACCAGCCACUCUCUCUCUCUCUCUCCUCCUACAAUUCACUCCUUCUGCAGCAGAGCUGAGGAAAAUAACAAUAAGGGUCCUCCCAGAGACCAACAGCGCCCCCUGGCUUAUGCUCCUACAAUUGGAAGAAACUACAAUACGAUCACGCAGGAUCACGUCACCUGAUUGUUGUGACUAAGACCAGUCGAUCUCACGACCAGCAGGACGCGGUGACAUCAUCGUUUCUCUGCUCACCCAGAAGAAAAACUCACCUCUGAUGAGUUAUUCUCUGUCACUGUCUCUCCUCCUCCUCC